GUUUCAGACGUUUCUUUUCGGAGACGCACUGGCCGGACGGAACACCGAAGCGGUUCAGAGGGAAGGACUCCUGGAAGAACUGGAUCAACUGGGAUGCGCCAUUCCGGGAUCCUUCGGACGAGCUGAAUCGGCAGCGAAGAUUCUUCUGGGAAGUCGAUGAGAAGGGUGCCUUAUGGCGCUUGGAGCUUGACCGACCGAACGAGCGAUUCGGGCAGAUGCGCCACGCAAAGGUCGUGGACGACUUCUUCCGGCACCUUCAGCGAAACAGGACGGGUCACUUCGAAGACGACUUUCCUUUCGUUUCCUUGAAGACCCACGAGAGCUACUACGCACGCUGGGCGGCGACACGCCAGCGAGCGCCGACUGAAGCGCCAUUCGUAUUCAACGAUCUGCAGCAGGACCACUUGGUCCACAUCAUCGCUGGGAGCGGGAGUUUAGCCCAAUCCCUGACUACGCCUUUGGAGCCAUCUUCGCUGAGGCUGUCACGUGACGGCCGUCUGCUCCACCCAGUGUCGACUCUCCGACGAGGGGAGUCCGAAGAGGUCAGCACCACACGCAUUCGACGCUUUCCACCAUUAGGGGUUGAUGAUCGGCAGCCCUAA